CUGUCGUCUUUUUGAGGACUUGCUCUAUCAAGACACACCCCCCACCCCCGGUCCUAGUCCGCCUGCCUGAACGCCCACGCCCACGCCCACGCCCUUACACGCCUUUACACGCCCUUACCUGGCGGGCCCGCAAUCGGCUUGACCCCUGUCUUGAGUCACUCGAACCAAGAACCGAGACGCGAAAACGCACCAAGCCAAAUAUUAUUAGAGAAAAGAGCUCCCCCCGAUUCUGCCCUCCGAGGAAAGAAAAAAAGAACCAUGUCUUCCACAACAACACUCACCGCAACCACAACACCACCACCAUCGAGGCCACAACUAUUAGGCACUCUCUCUACCAGUGCAUCGACAUAUCCUACCACUACCACUACUACUACUAUUCGCACUUCAUUCAUCAAGCCCAACAAGAUGUCCAUCACACAAACAUACUACCUCGCCCACAAGGCAAGGGCAAAGCUUUCUUCGGAAGCUGCCCGCCCCGAUCACAACCUCCGCCUCCUGGUCGGACACGCCAACCUCCUCGACUCGCUGAUGGUCGAGCUCGCCGAUGCCGAGAGGGAACAAGAAUCAUGGUUCAACCAAUCCGUCCGCGGCGCCUCUAGCCGCAGCGAAGAGCGUCACAUCCAAUGGGCCGACGCGGUGGUCCACGAGCCCGAGCACGACUGGCAAGCCGAGGACGCCGAGUACAGCGACUCGGAUUCCGAUUCGGACAGCGACCUGAGCGAGGACGACCACGAGGAGGACAACGAGGACGAGGACGUCGAGAUGGCCGAUGCCGUCCCCCUCAGGAGGAUACCCUCGCACAGCAGUGGCAGCCUUCACCGGUACUCGAUGCAAGCGCCGCUGCACCAAUUCUACAACUACAACGACGACGAAGACAUGGAGGAGGACGUCGAAGACGACGAGGAGGACUACACCCAUCUCGCCCUGCAGAGGAGCCCUUCGCACUCUGCGUCGCCGCCAGAACUCGAUCUCGACUCGGACUCUUCAGAAGACGAGCACAUGCCGCCUUCGCCGCCCACCACCAUCCUAUCCACAUUCACAUCAUCGACGUCGCCCAAAAAGCAAGCGGGAGAGCAAACAGAAGACGACGAGGAAGAUCAACAAGAACAAGACAAGGACUCCUUUUUCACCCACAACCAGGGCUACUACCUACCAAGCCGUGGUCCGACACUUGUGUCGACGAUAGGGGUGUACUAA